AUGUUUCUGGGCAGCGCCAAAUACAUUAACGGUAUAACAACCUCCCACAACAUCGUGCUUGAACUAAGCGGCAAGCCUAUUGAGCUGGUCAAUCAGGCAACCGACCUUGGAGUCACGCUAACUAGCACCCUCAAUUGGUCAGAACACAUUAAAGUCUCUGCCAACAAGAUCAACAGUAUUCUCUGGCGACUGAAGCAAUUCAAAAACAGCCUUACUACUCCGCUCCGCGUGCAGAUGGUGUCCUCCAUGAUCUUCCCCAUCUUCGAUUAUUGCGCUGCUGUCUUCACCGACCUAACAGGUCAACAGAGGCUCAGGCUGAGGCGACUCUUGAACGCGUGCGUGCGCAUUAUUUUUAACUUGCGCUGGGACGAUCAUGUCUCGUCUUACUACGACCUACUGGGCUGGCUGUCCGCGGAUGAUCGAAGAACAUAUCUGACUGGCUGCUUCCUCUUCUCUAUCAUUCACUCCGGCAUCCCAUCUUACCUUGCUUCCUUGUUCCGUCCCUACAUUCCCCCCCGCUCCCUCUCCCGCUCUCCUCCGUGCCUCAUCGUUCCCUCCUGUCGUACCACUACCUACCAGCAAUCUUUCUGCAGCGUCGGUUCCUCGCUCUGGAAUUCCCUCCCAUCUACCAUCCGUAACUCGGACUCGCAGGGAUCCUUCAAGCGCAAAUUCUUCGAUCAUCUGCAACGGCGUGAGUCCGUAUGA